CGCGCCCGGGCCGCACGGGGCGGCGGCGGGAGCCCGGCGGAGGCUGCCGGGCGGCCGCCAUGCAAUCAGGCAGUGCGUUGACCGGCCCGGCCGGUCGGCCCCUUCUGGGUCCUCCCUGUGCAGCCCGUGCGGGGCCGUCUCGGAGACCCCGCGCCGACGGCUGCUCAAACAUCAGGCUGGCCCCCGAAAGGACGUUCCCCAAGUCCCCAGCUGGGGGCCCCGCAUAGACCUGGAGUGGACACCCCCUCCUUCCCUUCAUGAUUCCUUGGUAGCACAGUGGCGAUGGAUGAUGAGGAUGGGAGAUGCUUACUAGACGUGAUUUGUGACCCUCAGGCCCUCAAUGACUUCUUGCAUGGAUCCGAGAAGCUCGACAGUGAUGACCUCCUGGAUAACCCCGGGGAGGCCCAAAGUGCCUUCUAUGAAGGUCCUGGGCUCCACGUUCAAGAAGCUUCUGGUAACCACUUGAACCCAGAGCCCAGCCAGCCAGCCCCCAGUGUGGACCUAGACUUCCUGGAAGAUGACAUCCUGGGCUCGCCCGCAGCAGGGGGCGGCAGCGGGGGCAGUGGGGGCACAGACCAGCCCUGUGACAUCCUCCAGCAGAGCCUCCAAGAGGCCAACAUCACCGAGCAGACGCUCGAAGCUGAGGCUGAGCUGGACCUGGGCCCCUUCCAGCUGCCUACCCUGCAGCCUGCGGAAGGUGGGGCCGUCCCGGCAGGUGCUGGAGGGGCUGCCGCUGUGGCCGCGGGGCCCCAGGCCCUCUUCCCAGGUGGCACAGAUCUGCUGGGACUACAGGCCCCUCCCACCGUGCUGACCCACCAGGCCCUGGUGCCACCCCAGGAUGUGGUGAACAAAGCCCUGAGUGUCCAGCCCUUCCUGCAGCCUGUGGGCCUAGGCAAUGUGACCCUGCAGCCCAUCCCGGGCCUCCAGGGACUGCCCAACGGCAGCCCUGGAGGUGCCACAGCGGCCACACUUGGCCUGGCACCCAUCCAGGUGGUGGGCCAGCCUGUCAUGGCACUUAACCCCCCCACCUCGCAGCUCCUGGCCAAGCAGGUGCCUGUCAGCGGCUAUUUGGCCUCAGCGGCCGGCCCCUCAGAGCCAGUGACCUUGGCGUCAGCGGGUGUCUCGCCCCAGGGGGCUGGCCUUGUCAUCCAGAAGAACCUCCCAGCCGCCGUGGCCACCACGCUCAAUGGGAACUCAGUAUUUGGAGGAGCAGGAGCUGCCACAGCAGCGGCCACCGGGGCACCCUCAGGGCAGCCACUGGCAGUGGCCCCGGGCCUCGGCACGUCACCGCUGGUUCCGGCACCCAACGUGAUCCUGCACCGCACACCCACGCCCAUCCAGCCCAAGCCUGCUGGCGUGCUGCCUCCCAAGCUCUACCAGCUGACACCCAAGCCAUUCGCCCCCACAGGCACCACGCUUACCAUCCAGGGCGAGGCAGGGGGCCUCCCGCAGCAGCCCAAGGCCCCCCAGAACCUGACUUUCAUGGCAGCGGGCAAAGCCGGCCAGAACGUGGUGCUGUCAGGCUUCCCGGCGCCUGCCCUGCAGGCGAAUGUCUUCAAGCAGCCUCCGGCCACCACCACGGGGGCAGCCCCGCCUCAGCCCCCCGGGGCUCUGAGCAAGCCCAUGAGUGUUCACCUCCUGAAUCAAGGCAGCAGCAUUGUCAUCCCUGCUCAGCACAUGUUGCCAGGCCAGAACCAGUUCCUGCUGCCUGGCACAUCCGCGGUCCAGCUCCCCCAGUCGCUCUCGGCCCUACCAGCCAACGUGGGUGGGCAGAUCCUGGCAGCCGCAGCUCCUCAUGCUGGUGGACAGCUCAUCGCAAACCCCAUUCUCACCAACCAGAACCUGGCAGGCCCACUGAGCCUGGGGCCCGUGCUGGCCCCCCACUCUGGGGCCCACAGUGCCGCCCACAUCCUCUCGGCCGCCCCCAUCCAGGUGGGCCAGCCUGCCCUCUUCCAGAUGCCAGUGUCCCUGGCUGCGGGCAGCUUGCCCACGCAGAGCCAGCCAGCACCCACUGGCCCUGCUGCCACCACCGUCCUCCAGGGGGUCACUCUGCCCCCCAGUGCCGUGGCCAUGCUGAACACCCCCGAUGGUCUGGUGCAGCCGGCCACCCCUGCUGCCGCUGGUGAGGCUGCACCUGUCCUCGCGGUGCAGACAGCCCCCCAGGCACCCCCCACAGUCAGCACCCCGCUGCCUUUGGGCCUCCAGCAGCCUCAGGCGCAGCAGCCCCCCACACAGGCCCCCACCCCUCAGGCUGCUGCCCCACCUCAGGCCACCACCCCUCAACCCAGCCCGGGCCUGGCAUCCAGCCCAGAAAAGAUCGUGCUGCCGCCCUCUGCCACCACCACGGCCAUCCUCACUCAGGACUCCCUGCAGAUGUUCCUGCCCCAGAUCCCAGCAGCAGCUCCACUGAAGGGCCCAGGCCCCUCCUCAUCCCCAUCACUACCUCACCAGGCCCCUCUGGGGGACAGCCCCCACUUGCCCUCCCCCCCACCCCGGCCUCCGCCACCCCCGCAGACCACCAGCCAGAUGAACGGCACCGUGGACCACCCACCCCCGGCCACCACGGACCGCAAACCUUCGGCCCCAGCCCCACACUGCCCCCGCCUGCCCCUACGGAAGACAUACCGGGAGAACGUGGAGGCCCUGGGCAGUGGGGCAGCUGAGGGGGCCGUGACGGGCAGGGCCCGGGGCACCAGUCCAGCGCCACUGCCCACCAAAGUGGACGAAGCCACCAGCGGGUUGAUCCGGGAGCUGGCUGCCGUGGAGGAUGAAUUAUACCAGCGCAUGCUAAAGGGAGCCCCUCCAGAGGCCACUGCCAGUGCCGGGCAAGGCAGUGGCAGCAGGGACCCUGGCUGGGAGGCACCCUCGAUGCCCCCCGCCAAAAGGCGCAAGUCCGAGUCACCUGACGUGGACCAGGCUAGCUUCUCCAGCGACAGCCCGCAGGAUGACACCCUCACAGAGCACCUGCAGAGCGCCAUCGACAGCAUCCUCAACCUCCAGCAGGCCCCUGGCCGGACAUCCGCACCCUCAUACCCCCACGCCCCCCAGGCGGCUGUCACACCCGCCUCCCCCUCACCCCUGCACAGGCCAGAAGCCUACCCGCCCUCCAGUCACAAUGGCGGCCUUGGUGCCAGGACGUUGAACAGAUAACACCGGGCUGGACUUCCCUUCCCUGUCCCCUCGCUCAGUGUCGACGCCAGGGGCAGCUGGGCAUCUGACCUCAGCCUCCUGGGGGACAUGAGCCGGGGAUUCCCCUGAGUUUUUCUUGCCUAAGUUAUUUGAGUCACAAAGGCCUCCUCCCCCACCUCCUGCUUCAGCUGGGUUGUUGGGGGGGGGGGGUCGUGGAUUUAGGGGAGGGGGUUGUAACGUAAAAUGUCCCCCUGCCAAAGGAGGGGGUAAUCCUGGUGUGUCAUUUCCCAUUUCUUCCCACUUCCUGCCACACUCCACUCCCUCCAUCCUGGGGACAUGCGUGUGUUUUCCAGGGAUGGGGCACCCUGGUUAUUCCCACUGCUCACGCGUGUCCGGGUACCUCUCAUUGGUGUGGUUUCACGGAUCCAUGCCUGGAGGGCGCUCAGAGCUGUGAGGGUCCUUGGAGGCCUCACUCAGCCUUUCCCCACAGGCCAUAAAAGGAAACGCAGGGAAGAGGUGCUUGAGCCAGCAACUUAGAGCCCCAUCUGGGGGCGUGCCUACAGGCAUCAGGCACAUCCUUGUGUGUGCGUCCAGCUCUGUGUCCUGUGUCCUUGUGUGUGUGCUCGAGUAAGAGAGAUUUAGACCCCUCCCAUCCUUCGACUGAAAUCCGAGCACCUCCAAAACAGGAAUCCGGGGUCUUCCGCCCCUUCCCCAACCAGUCUUCCCCUCUGUUCUUACUGCCUCCAGCCACCCGCGCCAGAUUUUGAAAUCUUGGAGACAAAACGUACUGUAAGAUAAAUUUUUUUGUACUGUAUUUAUUGUGUAUAACGAUUUUUUUAAAGAAUUCUGUACAUUUAGAACUCUUGUAAAUUAAAAACCGAUCCUUUUUUUAAAACUA